UCCACUGUAAAUCUCGCGUUCUCUAGACCGCUUUCCCGGAGCAAGUUUGUAACCGGGCCGGCGAGCAUUCCGAUCGAUCCGACGACUCCUCCGGCUUCCAGUUCGGAAGCCACGACCUAUAUAUGGGCUCACUGCAGCGUGCCAGCAGCGGCGGCGACAUGGCGACGGAGCUGGAGAAGCAAGACAGCGAUCAGGGCGAGGCGUCGUCGCCGUCGUCGGCGCGGGCGCGGCUCCUGGAGCGAGAGGUGGCGGUGGCGAAGCAGACGGAGGCGAGGAUGCUGGAGUGCCUGAUCCACCGGACCAAGGAGCUGGAGCAGGCCAAGGUGGCGCUCCAGGAGGCCAAGCUCGAGGCCGGCCCCGCGCAGGGGCAGUGGAGCGUCAUGGACCUCAUGUUCGGCGGCGUCGACGAGGAGAUCAGCGGGCUGAGGGCCAGGCUCCGGUCGGCGCUGGCCGCCGAGGAGAGGAGCCGGACGGCGGCCGACGACCUCGCCGCCGCGCUCUCCGCGGUCACCUCGGAGGCCAAGCAGGUGAAGGCGUGGCUGUCCGACGCGCAGGCCGAGCUGGAGCGCGCCGACGCCGAGGCCGGCCGCCUCGAGGGCCUGCUGCGCGCCGCCGAGGCGGACCUGCGGUCGACGACGGAGCAGCUCGACGGCGCCAUGUCCGAGUGGAAGGAGGCCGCGGCCGCGUGGCGCGCCAGGGAGAAGGCACUGCUCGGGCGCGCCCACGCGGCGGAGGAGGACGCCGACGGCGCCCGGCGCGAGAGCGCCGGGCUCGCCGAGCUGCACCGGGCGGUCGGCCACGAGAACGGCGGCCUGCGGCGCGCGCUGGAGCGAGCGGUGGAGGAGGCCAACGCGGCCAACGAGUCGCUCGAGUUCGCGGGCGGCGAGAACACCAAGCUCCGCGACGCCAUCGCCGAGAACGAGCGCGCCAUGGAGUCCCUGAGGCUGGAGAACGAGUCGCUCAAGGCCAGCGAGGCUGCCGCGCAGGGGCGUGCCGUGGAUCUAAGCAACCAGCUCACGGCGGCAACCCAAAAGGCGGCCGCCGCCGCCGCCGAUGGAGGCGCCGGCGGCGGAGAGAAGGCAGCAGCGGGGUUGCUACUGGAGAAGUGGAGAACCGACGCGGAGGGGAAGCUCGGUGCGGCGGCGUUCCUGGACUCCGGCAGGGCGGUGAUGGCCGCGGGCCGGAAGGACCGGAUGUUCGCGUCCGUCAGCAACAUCGCGGAGCUGAGGUCCGCGGCGGCGGCGGCGGCCAUGGACGAUUACGACUACGAGUUCGACCACUUGGAUGGCGGAAGACAGUACGGCGGCUUGGAGCAUGCCAUGAAGCACAAGAAGAGGUCCGUUCUACGCAAAUUCGGAGAUUUUUUCAGGAGGAGAAGCCUGCACAAGUCAGACUUUGCUCCGGUUCUAGCUAGGUAGAUAGCAUUUGUGUGAUGCUUGCAAUUGCAUUGUGUGUUUGCAUGAUACCCGUACUAUGAAAUACACCCAUAAUAAAUGCUACUCUGUUCAUAUACAAGAUGUUCUAAUUAUUUUGUGAAUCAAAUGUAUGCAGACA